AUGGGUAUUUUGGUCUUUGCAGAGCAACAUGUUGCAAAUGUGGAUGAAGGCAUGCAAUCAGUUCUCCCUGACCAUGCUAUCACAUACAACACAUACAUUUAUAGUGGCCAUUUAUCGAAAGCAUUCAAAACCUUCUCUCUUAUCCAGCUACAUGCCUCUUCUGUUGCUUCUUUCGACCUUAUCUUACUUCUCAUCUCUUCUCUUCUUCCAUCUUGCACCAACCUUAAAUCACUCCAAGGUAAACAACUUCAUGCUCAGAUUAUCUCCUUGGGUCUUGAACAACAUCCCAUUUUGGCACCCAAACUUGUCACGUUUUACUCAAGCUUUGACCUCCUUCUUGAUGCCCAUAAUAUUAAUACCAAACCAGACCAUAUAACCAUGGUUGCAGUUCUAUCAGCCUGUACCCAUUCCGGUCUUGUAAUCCAAGGCCAAAGACUGUUUGAAAAGAUGCGAGGUGUAUAUGGUAUAUCUCCUCUUUUGGAGCAUUAUGCAUGCAUGGUUGAUAUCUUUGGCAGGGCUGGCUUGUUGGACAAAGCAAAAGAGAUUAUCACUACAAUGCCUUACAAGCCAACCCCUGCCAUGUGGGCCACUCUAUUAGGAGCCUGUUGGAUUCAUGGAAAUACAGAGAUAGGGGAGUGGGCAGCUGAAACACUAUUGGAAAUGAGGCCUGAAAACUCAGGUUACUAUGUGUUGAUUGCUAACAUGUAUGCUGCUGCUGGUUGUUGGAACAAGCUAGCUAAGGUUAGAACUUCCAUGAGGGACUUGGGUGUGAGGAAGGCUCCUGGUUGUGCUUGGGUCGAUGUGGGCACAGGAUUUUUCCCCUUUGUGGUGGGGGAUACAUCAAACCUCCAUGCACAAGAGAUUUACACUUUGUUGGAUGGAUUAACUGAGCUAACGAAAGAUGCGGGUUAUGUUGCAAGUGUGGAUUUUGGUUCGGAAGACAAAAUUAUUGAGGAAUAGGAUCAACAAUGGAAUUAGUAACUAAACAAAGGGCUGCUAACAUAUUUUUAGUGGAUUUAGAUUGUCAUUAAGAGAAGCGCCGGAAGAACUGUAUUUUUGAACUAAUUUGAAGCAGAGAUAUUCUUUUAAUAGUGGGGCUAAAAUGUUGUGUAGAAGGAGAGUGCAUAAUGGGCUUAGAAAGCAGAAAGAUUGGUGGGUCUCAACAUUGGAGACCUUGGUUGCACAUGGAACUCUUCCCAUAAAAGACAUUUACUUUCUUCUGCUCUGAUUUUGAAGCAGAUUUGAGUUCAUUACUUCAGAGGCUUGCAGUUUUUUGGCAUUCCAAUCUUACCUAUUUCUAUUGCCAAUUUUUGAGGAAAUAUGGUGUGCGUCUCUGAACUACCAUGUCAUUUUUUUGUUGGUGAGGUAUGCCAACACUAGAGUCAUAAUGUAGCAAAAUUGAAUGGAGGAUUCACAUUGUUAUUUUUCAAUACGUUAAGAGUACAGAUUUCAAUUUCUUGUGGCUUUCUUUGACUAUAUUGAAAUUUUAUUUCUGUGAAG